CAACUAUACCAGCAACAACGCCGACAGCAUCGAGUUCCUUUUUGUUGGAACAUUCGGCGCUUUUCUCGGCGGAUGCAUCACCGCAUUCACAAUGUAUAACCUACUUGGACAGCGCAAUGGGACCUUCAACAAGCAUAGCAUCUCGUGCCCAUCCCGGGUGAAUUUCUUCUUAACCAGCGGUAUCAACUUCGCUGUGGUCGUGGUUUGCCUCUGUAGCUUUAGACGCCACGCUCAAAGGAAUGACUCUUGGCUGGCCGCCUCGCAUUGCUUUACAUUGGUGGCUUCUGUAAUCUCGGUUUGUCCUCUUCAUCGGAUUCUCUUUAAGAUUCAUGCCGGCCAAUGCAAAUGCAUGAAUGAUGCGCAGCCUCCUGAUGUUGCGGAAUGAUUGCGGUCAGGCGGACCGUAGAUCAUCAGGCGUGGGAAGUUGUUAACUCAGUGAGCGGUGUCAUGACAAUAUUACACUUCAUCCCGUCUGUGGAGUAUUACAAAUUAAAACGCAAAACGAUGGAAAGGAACAACGAGUUAUGGCAGCG